UAACAUUCGAAGAAUGCGGGGUUUGCUGCACUCGCAGUAUUCAUCCUCGUACGUAUCCAUAAAAACUCCCUGCUAUCACAUCGCGUACUCACUCACAAUCGAUAUCCGCAGUACCAAAUCUCCCACACAAUCCACACCAUCUACCUACACCCGCUCUCCCGAUUCCCGGGUCCCCUCCCCUGGAUCUGCACCCGCAUCCCGUGCCUCACCUCCCUCUGGCAUGGCCAUCUCGCACACGACGUGACCGCUCUCCACAAAAAACACGGGCCCGUCGUGCGUCUCGCCCCCGACGAACUCUCCUUCGCCUCCCCGCAGGCCUGGCACGAUAUCUAUUCGAAUCACGGACGCACUCCCCCGUUCCCGAAAAGUCCCCUCUGGCAUGGUGUCAAGACCGGGAGACCAAUGUCCGUACUUAAUGCGCUGGAGCCCGCGACGCAUCGCCGAUUUCGCGGGGCAAUGGAGCGCGCGUUUACGGAGCGGGCGCUGGGGAAUCAGGAGGGGAUGGUUAGGAUGUAUGUUGAUGCUCUGAUGAGCCGCUUGCGAGAUCUCGCAGAGCAGAAUGCGAAUGCGCAUGCGGGCGAGAGUGUGGUUGUGGAUAUCGUGCGCUGGUAUGGGUUCUUUACUUUUGAUCUCAUUGGCGAUUUGGGCUUCGGGGAAUCAUUUCGAUGUUUGGAGAGCGAGGAAUAUCAUCCCUGGGUUGCGAUGAUCUUUAGCUCUCUGCGCGCAGCGACGUAUCGAGCGGCGCUGGGGUACUAUCCGGGAUUGAGUUGGCUGCUUGCGUAUUUUGUGCCGAAGAGUGUGGUGCGGAAACAGAUGGAGCAUUGGAAUCUAGCUGUGGAGAAAAUAAAUCGUCGGCUGGAGAGAGAGACCCCGAGACCGGAUAUCAUCUCUCUGAUUAAACGGGAUGAGGACGGGAAAGAAGGAUUGACGAUUCAGGAGUUGCAAGCGACAGCUAGCGUUAUCAUUGUAGCCGGAAGCGAAACGACAGUCAGUGUUCUCAGCGGCAUUACGAAUAAUCUCUCAUCCAAGAAGGCUUCCGACUCUGCAAUCCCACUCCCGUCGGUCUCCCGCGCGUCGUACCUCCAGACGGCGGCCGCGUAUGCGGAUACAUACAAUCUCCCGCCAAAUAUAUUCGUCAACGUGCAUCCCCUCUCCAUCUCCCUAUCGGCUGAAUGUUUCCACAAACCAUCUGAAUUUCACCCCGAGAGAUGGCUCGCAGCCAACGAUUCUUCGUCUCCUUUUCACAACGACAAUCGCAAUGCAGUUCAAGUUUUUGGCGUAGGUCCUCGCUCUUGUAUUGGGAGACCUCUGGCGAUGGCCGAAUUGCAACUUGUGCUUGCGAGAAUGGUGUGGAGGUUUGAUUUGGAGAAGGUGGAUAGUGAGGCUGGGAAUUUGAAAUGGGCAGAACAAAGGGUUUUUACAGUUGUAGAACGGAAACCUUUUGAAGUAAGGUUAAGAACACGCUCGGCACGAUAG